GUUCUAAUUUCAUCUCUCCCAAGCCCCAUUGAUGGGUUUUGCUUGCAAUUGACUGUGAGCUUUGAAUUUCAGAGGCUUCAAUUGAAGUAAUCGAAAGACCGGAACUUCGUAAGAGAUCAUUGAAUGGCAAAAGUCUGAAAUCUUUCCAAAUCGUGUCAUUCCUGUAUUGAAUACAAUGAUGGAUCACCGAAAACCCAAGCGGUAUAAAAAUCUUCUUUCAUGGUUUACAAGUGAUACUCCAUCUAGUGGUAGUGGGAAUGAGAUUGGGAGUGGGAGUAGAAAUGUGACUGAUAAUUCUGUGAAUGAUGUCCUUUUAAACUCUUGUCCAUCUAGUCCGGUAGAAGAGUGUGGUAAUGAUAGAAUUGAGACAGAAGUGAGUUUUGAUGUUACUUCUCUUGAACGUGAUCCUGGAAUACGACGUCCAAUAUGCAAGUAUCCUUUGAAUGAGCGUGACAAUAUUCGAAGAGCUUAUGUGGUCUUAGGACCAUUUCAACCCCAAUUAAGUAGUUAUCCAUCUUCUUGGGAUGGAGGUCAAGGUCAAAAAUUUUGUCAUAAAUGGUUCAAAGAUUGGCAUUGGCUUGAGUAUUCCAUAGAGUUGGAUAAAGCAUAUUGCUUCCCUUGUUUCUUAUUUGAUAGUUAUCCAUCCCAUCAUCCAGCAUUCACUGAAUAUGGGUUUCAAGGUUGGAAGAAUGUUAUGUCCAAACAAUCUGGCAUUUUGGGUCAUGUGGGAGGCGUUAAUUCCCCACAUAAUACUUGCAUGCAUAAGUGGGAUACACUAAGAAACCCAUCUAAGCAUAUUGAAAGAGUGAUUAGCACACAAUCAUCACAAGAAGUAGCAAAUAACCGACUUCGGCUUAAUUCUACUAUAGAGAGUGUAAGGUUGUUGGCAAACCAAGGAUGUGCUUUUAGAGGUCAUGAUGAAUCGGCUAAUUCAUCCAAUGGUGGCAAUUUCAAUGCGGUUUUGCAAGCCUUUGGAAGAGUUAAUUUAGAAGUCCACAAAGUUUUACAUAAUGCUCCUGGGAAUGCCAAGUAUAUUUCUCCAAUUAUUCAAAGACAAAUCCUAAAUAUUCUUGGUAACAAAGUUAGAACCAAGAUUCGUGAGGAAGUGGGAGAUGCUAAAUUUUGUAUCCUUGUUGAUGAAGCGGUUGAUGUGUCUAAUAAAGAACAAAUGGCUAUCAUUCUUCGAUUUGUUGAUUGUGAUGGGUUUAUUAGAGAACGAUUUUUCAAAGUUAUUAGUGUUGCAGACACUUGUUCUCAAACUCUUAAAAAUGAGAUAUCCAAAGUCCUUGCCCAAUAUGAUCUUCAAGUAGAAAAUAUGCGUGGCCAAGGUUAUAAUGGUGCUAGCAACAUGCGGGGUGAAUUUAAUGGUUUACAAGCUUUAUUUCGUGAAGAGUGUCCAUAUGCAUAUUAUGUGCAUUGCUUUGCUCAUCGCUUACAAUUGACUUUAAAUGCCGCAGCUAAAGGAGUGCAUGAUAUUUGGCAAUUCUUUUCAACUCUAAAUGUGAUUGUUAAUUUUGUUGAUUCUUCUGCAAAACGGCAUUCAGCAUUAAGAGUCAUCAGAGAAGAAGAAAUUGCAGAUUUAGUGGCUGCAGGUACCCUUGAGACAGAUUUGGUUACAAAUGGACCAAAUAAAUUACAAGGAGAAGCAAGGAGUGUAGGUAGGGCUAUGAAGCGUUUUGAUUUUGUGUUUUGCUUGCUUUUGAUGCAUGAUGUCAUGAAGAUUACUGGCUUUCUUUGUCAGUCAUUGCAAAAAAAAGCCAUAGACAUCUUGAAUGCUCUAAAUUUUCUUUCAAUAACAAAAUCAAAACUUCAAGAUAUGAGAGAAGAUGGUUGGGAUGAUUUGAUUAUGAGGGUUGAAUCAUUUUGUUGUGAGCAUGAUAUUGUUAUGCCAGAUAUGUCUACUCCUUACAAGAAAGGUACAGAGCGGGCUUGUGAACAAAAUAUUACAAAGAAGCAUUUUUAUCGGGUCAAUAUACUUAAUGCUGUAAUAGACUUUCAGUUGGCAGAGCUGGAUAGUAGAUUUACAGAUAAGUCAUUGGAGCUUCUUGUUCUUAGUGCUACAUUUGAUCCACGUGAUAAUUUUCAGUCAUUCAGAUCUGAAGAUGUUUGCAAUCUUGCUUUGAAGUUUUAUCCUAUGGAUUUUUCAUCAUCUGAUAUGCUUGCUCUAGAUAUGAAGUGUGGAUAUUUUCUAACAGAUAUUCAGAGGGAUCCAAGAUUUGCCAAGACAACUUCUGUGUCUAAUUUGUGUCGGCGGUUAGUUGAAUCAAGAAAGUCAGCAUUCUUUCCUAUGAUUUAUAGAUUGAUUUGUCUUGUGUUGACUCUGCCAGUUUCUACAGCAACAACAGAGAGAGCAUUUUCGGCUAUGAACAUCAUUAAAAAUAAACUUAGAAAUAAGAUGGAAGAUGACUUUCUUGAUGAUUUGAUGGUUCUCAACAUUGAAAAAGAAUUUGCUGAUAGUAUUGACAAUGAUUCUGUGAUUGCUGAGUUUGAAAUGAGUGGACCUCGGAGGGUACGAUUUAGUUAG